AUGGAGGGCGCAGGGCCCCGGGGGGCCGGGCCGGCGCGGCGCCAGGGAGUCGGAGGUCCGUCGUCCCCGCUGUUGCUGCUGCUCUGGCUGCUGUCCGGCCUCGCGGCGUCCCAGGAGUUGAACCCGCGAGGCCGCAACGUGUGCCGCGCGCCCGGUUCCCAGGUGCCCACGUGCUGCGCUGGUUGGAGGCAGCAGGGGGACGAGUGUGGGAUCGCGGUGUGCGAAGGCAACUCCACGUGUUCAGAGAACGAGGUGUGCGUGCGGCCCGGGGAGUGCCGCUGCCGCCACGGCUACUUCGGUGCCAACUGCGACACUAAGUGUCCGCGCCAGUUCUGGGGUCCCGACUGCAAGGAGCGGUGUAGUUGCCACCCGCACGGGCAGUGUGAGGACGUGACGGGCCAGUGUACGUGUCACGCGCGGCGCUGGGGCGCGCGCUGCGAGCAUGCGUGCCAGUGCCAACAUGGCACGUGCCACCCGCGGAGCGGCGCAUGUCGCUGUGAGCCCGGCUGGUGGGGCGCUCAGUGCGCCAGCGCGUGCUACUGCAGCGCCACGUCUCGCUGCGACCCACAGACUGGCGCCUGCCUGUGCCACGCUGGCUGGUGGGGCCGCAGCUGCAACAAUCAGUGCGCCUGCAAUUCGUCGCCCUGCGAGCAGCAAAGUGGCCGCUGCCAGUGCCGCGAGCGCACGUUUGGCGCUCGCUGUGAUCGUUAUUGCCAGUGCUUCCGCGGCCGCUGCCACCCUGUGGACGGCACGUGCGCCUGCGAGCCGGGUUACCGCGGCAAGUACUGUCGCGAGCCGUGCCCUGCCGGCUUCUAUGGCUUGGGCUGUCGCCGCCGGUGCGGCCAGUGCAAGGGCCAGCAGCCAUGCACUGUAGCCGAGGGCCGCUGCCUGACCUGUGAGUCCGGCUGGAACGGAACCAAAUGCGACCAGCCGUGCGCCACCGGCUUCUACGGCGAAGGCUGUGGCCACCGCUGCCCGCCCUGCCGCGACGGGCAUGCCUGCAACCAUGUCACCGGCAAAUGUACGCGAUGCAACGCGGGCUGGAUAGGCGACCGGUGCGAGACCAAGUGCAGCAAUGGCACUUACGGCGAGGACUGUGCCUUUGUGUGCGCCGACUGCGGCAGCGGCCACUGUGACUUCCAGUCUGGGCGCUGCCUUUGCAGCCCUGGUGUCCACGGGCCUCACUGUAAUGUAACUUGCCCACCCGGACUCCACGGCGUGGACUGUGCCCAGGCCUGCAGCUGCCACGAGGACUCAUGCGACCCAGUUACUGGUGCCUGCCGCCUGGAGACCAACCAGCGCAAAGGAGUAAUGGGAGCGGGCGCACUUCUCACCCUGCUCCUUGGUCUGCUGCUCUCGCUGCUCGGAUGCUGCUGCGCCUGCCGAGGCAAGGACCCGGCUCGCAGGCCCCGCCUCCGCAGGGAGCUGUCUCUUGGAAGGAAGAAGGCCCCGCAACGCCUGUGCGGGCGCUUCAGCCGCAUCAGCAUGAAGCUGCCCCGAAUCCCGCUCCGCAGGCAGAAGCUGCCCAAAGUCGUAGUGGCCCAUCACGACCUGGACAACACACUCAACUGCAGCUUCCUGGAACCACCCUCAGGACUGGAGCAGCCGUCACCAUCGUGGUCCUCCAGGGCCUCCUUCUCGUCCUUUGACACCACGGAUGAAGGCCCCGUGUACUGUGUACCCCACGAGGAGGCGGCCGCCGAAAGCCGAGACCCGGAGGCCACCGCCGCUGCUCCUGCCGAGGCGCCCGCGCCUUCCCCCGCGCCCGCGCCAUACGCAGAGGAGGCGACACCCGUCCCCGCGUCCUCUGACAGCGAGCGGUCCGCGUCCAGCGUGGAGGGGCCCGGCGGGGCACUGUACGCACGCGUGGCGCGGCGCGAGGCCCGGCCGGCCCGGGCCCGGGGUGAGGCUGGGGGCUUGUCGCUGUCGCCAUCGCCUGAGCGCAGAAAGCCGCCGCCACCUGACCCUGCCACCAAGCCCAAGGUGUCCUGGAUCCACGGCAAGCACGGCGCCGCCACCGCGGUCCGUGCUCCCUCGCCGCCACUCCCGGGCCCCGAGGCUGCGCCCAGCCCCAGCAAGAGGAAAAGGACACCGAGCGACACGUCGGCGCGGCCAGACGAGCCCGGAAGCCCCCGUACCCGCGAUCUGACGCUGAAGCCCCCCGGGCUGGCCGAGGAGACACCGGCCCUGGCCGUGCCCUCGCCGCCCAGGGCCCGACUAAGAGGCCACGGCUCCGGUCUCUCGGAAACUACGGACGCCGGUGGUCCCCCGCGCAGCGCGCCCGAGGCCGCGUCCAUGCUGGCGGCGGAGCUGCGCGGCAAGACUCGCAGCCUGGGCCGCGCGGAGGGAGCCCUGGGCGCACAGGGCCCCUGGGAGAAGCCGGCGCCACCGCAGAAGGCCAAACGGUCGGUGCCGCCCGCCUCGCCGGCCCGCGCGUCCCCUGCUCCCGAGGUCACAGGGCCCGAGAAGGCGGCGGCCGGCACGCCGGCGCCCGACACCCCUCGGAAGAAGACCCCCAUCCAGAAGCCGCCCCGCAAGAAGAGCAGGGAGGCGGCAGGCGAGCUGGGUAGGGUGGGCGCACCCACUCUCUAGUAGGGGUUCAGCUGCGCACACAGCUUCCCCCGGCUUAGCAGCGUUGCUUGCCACCCCGCGCUCAGCGCCUCACGUCUCCCACGCGGCCUGGACACU